AUGAAAAACAUACAUAUUCCUAGCGCUCCAGUAACCACUGCCCAUGCCACUACUACAACAGCUGCAGCUACCAUUACCACAAAUUCAGCACAUAAUAAUAGUAGUGGUCAUCAUCAUCAUCAUCAUCAUAGUCGUCGUUCUGCUACUACUAAUACUACCACCACCACUAAUACUAACAACAAUGAUCCAAUCAUCCAAAAUGCUCCAGUUUUACCAGCUGAUAUGGAUUUGUCAGAAAUCUUAUCUAAUGAAUCCACCUUAAGGCCCUUCCACACUUCAAGUUCUUUCAAAUGUUAUUUACUAACCGCUGAACCACAUGUCUUUCUUCAAGGAUUUGUACCAGAACAAUGGAACGGCAAAUCACCAGGUAUGCUAAGAGGCCAACUAAUUUUGAAAAUAUUAAAACCAACCAAACUAAAAUCCAUAAAUAUUCAGUUCAAAGGUGUUUCUGUCACUGAAUGGCCGGAAGGCAUACCCCCUAAAAACAACGAUUUUAAUGAAACCAAUAUUAUAGCUAAUCAUAACUGGCCAUUUUUUAAAUAUGAAGAUUAUGAUCCCAAUGCCACAAAUUUUAUCAAGGAUAAUAGUGGUUGUACUUCUUAUUAUCCACUAAAUGCAUUCAAAAGCACAAAUAUUGGCACGAAUAACACCUUUAAAAGCAUAUCUCUUUUAAGUUUAAAUUCAACCGAUGAUAUAGUUUCAAACAAUAGUAAUAAUAACCAUGGCCACAACAACAAUAAUUCCAUGAACGUAAAUAGUGGCACCGCUGCUAACACUAGCAACACUAAAGAUCAUGGUCACAGCACAAGAUCUUUAUCUCCUAUUGCGGGAUUAUUGAAUAUGACGAGGAAAAGAUCAAACACGGGAUCAAGCAUGGAAUCAGGUGCCAAUAAUAAUAAUAAUAAUAAUAAUAAUAAUAAUAAUAAUAAUAAUAAUAAUAAUAAUAAUAAUAAUAGUGGCACAGGUAAUACGACCACUACAUCUUCAAAUCACAAUAGCAUAACAAACAACACUAGCAAUACAAGUAUAUUUUCCGAUUUAUUAUCAGUGUCCUUAAAUAAUGCCACUACCAGCACCACUACGAGCAACAACAACAACAACGGUAUCCAUUUAUCUUCUUCUAUAUCAAACAACACAAUAAUUAAUGACGAUGCCCAGUUACAUAGCUCGCAUUAUAUUUUUCAGCCAGGUUAUUAUAUCUAUGUUUUCGAGCAAUUGAUUCCAUUAUCAUAUCCCGAAACAAUAAAGGCCACAUUCGGAUCCGUUGAAUAUUUUUUGGAAGUAUUGAUUGAAAGAACAGGUACUUUCAAAUCCAAUAUUCAUUAUAAACAUCCAAUCAAGAUUAUUAGGACACAAUCGGAUUCGUCUGUAGAAGAGACUGAACCUAUUUCUAUUGUUAGGGAUUGGGAAGAUCAAUUACAUUAUGACAUAUUGAUAGCCUCCAAAGAUAUUGUAUUGGAUGCCUUUCUACCAAUAAGCUUUAAUUUAACUCCUUUAGAUAAGGUUAGUUUGCAUAGAGUUAGAAUAUAUUUAACUGAAACCAUGGAAUAUUAUUGUAAGUUUAAGAAAGUCCAUAGACUAGAACCAACAAAGAAAUUCUUGUUAUGCGAGUUAAAAGCACCGCCAUUGCCCAAGUUACCCAAGGAUAAAAAUAAAAAUAAAGCGAAAAACUUGGGAAAUUUACUAGAAGACAAUAAUAAAAACGGCUAUAUUACUUAUAAAGAAUUUGAUUUCCAAGUCUAUGUGCCUGAAGUACUAAAUUCACAGAAUAGAGUGCAUCCGGAUACUACAUAUGAAAACAUAAAGGCGAAUCAUUGGAUAAAAGUCUGCUUAAGAUUAUCAAAAUUGGUCGAUGGUAAACAGAAACAUUUUGAGAUUAGUAUAGACUCACCGAUUCACGUUUUAGACAAACAAUGUUCUCACGCAAAUACUUUACUACCAAGUUAUACUUCACACUUAUCAAUUCCAUCUUUCAUACAUAAUACUACUACCACCACUAAUAAUAAUAAUAACAAUAACAAUAAUAAUACUGUAGCAAGUGGCAACAACGCAGUCAAUUCUCCGUCUGUUACACAGUAUCAUGGUUCAAAUUUGUAUUUCCCCAAAGAGAUUCUUUAUUCGCCAUUAUUAUCACCCAAUGUUGAACCAAUCAAUAUUAAUGGUCACCAUAACAACGCGAUGUCAUUGAUUUCUUUAAACGAUAAUCGUCACACUAGUAAUAAUAACAAUAACCACCACCAUCAUCGUAAAGCGGUACUAGGCAUUAGUUCUUCGCGGAAUGCAUCGGUGGAAGACUUUAUCCUGCAUUCUCCAGAAUUACGUUCAAACAUUUAUACACCGGACAAUUUGAAGGCAGAAUUGAUGUCACCCCAAGCAGUUCCUCUAGGCUCUCCCACUCUGUCACCUACAUUAUCCCCUGUCAUUCCAACCUCUACUACACCACCCCCGCCCUUUUCGGAAGAGCCAUCAAAUCCACCAACUUAUGCUGAUGUUCUAAAGAAAGAUGGUAUAAUCCCCCGUAAAGGCGCCAUCACUACUUCCAAUUCUAAUACUAGCACCACAGAAAAUGAGCGAGACUUUGCAGAAGGUUUUAAUUUCCAUCAUUCGGCCUUCCCCGCUUUGGCUCCGCAAAUGAGAAAGUCAAAUAGUGUUAGCUAUGGUAAUGUUGGUGACAAUUAUAACAGUAACGGACACAACUUAUACAAUGACAUUAGCACUGUGCUACUCAAUUCCAACGAUCCUGUACAUCUCUCGCCAUCUGUCUCUCCGCUUAAACCAAUGGCAAGUCCUACUUCUAAACCUACACUUCUUAAGAAUGAUAAAGAGGUUGAUAUUGAAAAUUUUUUACUCAAACCAAACUCACCAAAGAAAAGCACAGACAACCAUAAUGAUAAUCAAUUAAGUGAUGAGGGUGAUUUGAGCGCUAUAUCUUCCUUAUCUGGUUCGCCAAUUAAUUCAACUGGACUAUUACGUAAAUCAAUGGAUUCUGGUAUAUCAACUUCUUCAUCUAUGAUUUCUAACACUAAUGCUAACGUUGGUUCACAUAACAACCAUGGUAAUCAUCUGGAUGUGCCUGGGAAAAGAUUAUCAACUGAUUCGGAUGAUGGCGGUAUGGUACCGCUCUUGCAAAGAAUAAGUAGGCAGAAUACAAAUACAACUGAAUCACCUACAACUUAUACCGAGGGUAGAUUGCAUAAUGCUGGUAAUUUAAGAUUUUCACCCUCGCCAACUAGAUCAACUAAUAAUCGGAAUAGCGUUUAUAAUAACACUGGGAUGGAUAGCGAAAUGUAUAACUCCAAUCAACUUGGAAAUGCCAAUGCUGGCAGAUAUGUAGAGGGACAUGGUCAUGCCAAGGUAAAUAACCCAUUUGCUGCUUCUGAAGAAAGUUUUCUCGAUAAGUAUUCAAAAGUUGAGGAUGCAUCAAUUGAUUUGGCUGCUUUGUUAAGCAGAAGUGCCGAGACGACACCACAACAUUUGUUGUUGCGGAAACAUGAUCAAUGCAAGUAUGCCAAUGCCAACAAUGGUUCCAACGUUGCUGCAAGGAAAAAUGUGCCAACUAAUGAUACUAAUAAUAAGUUGCAUUGUCACAAUAGUAAUGCUAGUAGCGGUAGUAGUAACAAUGUGAUGUUUGAAUUAAAUUCUGAAGGUGGCAAUAGUAAUAAUACAGAUAUAAUUAACAAGGAAAACUAUAGUAAUUAUGGAAAUAAAAACUUGGAAUUGAAUGAUGCCGAAUCCGGUUUAAACGCUUCCUUCAACGCCAAAGAAAAAUAUGGGCUGAAGUAUGUUCAGGAAAAUGAUAUAUUGAAUGAUUUUUCAUCUAUGAUGAAGUAA